CAUAUUUUCAACUCGUAGGUAAAAUUCCUUUACUUUGUGUCGAAUUGUAUGAUCCUACGGUACAUAAUAGUUUGCCUGCCGCUGAAGCUUCUAUGAAACUCUCUGAUCACAUACACCUGCCUACUUCAAUAUGGCGGCUCGAUUGAAGUUUUGCCAUAUAGUCACUAACAGUAGCAUUUCGGAUUUGUGGUUGCUCAGCAGCAGGAAAGAACCGACAAACCGACCGGUCACUGUCAUCGCUGUGGCACUCGAUCGUCGUCAUUUCGCUGCUACGGCCGUUCGAGGCGCCGGCUGAUAACAGUCGAGUUAAUGAUUUCGAUGCCGUACUAUGAUCAGUAAUAAGUACUGGUACGGCGACGGCUGAGCCUGCUGCUGUUGCUCCGCGGUGCUUUCGGAACCACAAAACCAAACCAGUUACACCGGCGGCCACUGACACCAGCUCCAUUCUGUCUGCUUCUCGUCUCUUGUGUGGCGGAGUAUAGAAGCUACGGAGUGUGAGUGUAAUUCGCUGUGUGUUCGUCGGCACCACCCCCGUCUUCGACUUUCGAGUCUGUCCCCUCUUCACUCGAUCGCGACCGAAGACGUUUCAGAUGAAUGAAGUGUCGUACUGCUGUGCUCUGUGUUCAGCGAACGGCUACCAAAUUGAGUUCGUCCCGCCAUAGCGGGUGCUAGCAGGCGGCGGCCUAGAAUUCUGCUGUGGUGUGUGUCUAGCGUGUCGGGGACUGGGAGACAGCAGACUCCGGCUGUUGCCGCCGCCGCUGAAAACUCCGGCUGCUUCUACUGGAGAGCGGCAGUCGAGGUGCCGGUGUAGAUGGUGUUGUCAAAUUGGAGAGAGGACGCCACCUGCAAGUUUACUUGGGGAAUGACUGCUGUUGUUACUGCGACCACUGCCACUGCCACUGUCGCUCUUUAGAGGGGAAGAGUAUAUCUUCCGUAAACUUGCGAGAGGUUGACACCCCACGAGGACACAGUCACAGCGGAUAGCACAACGGAAGUCGAUGUAAUGGUCCGUGUGGAUGUGCGUGCGUCCGAGCAGUAAGCGGUCGGUGUUCCUGCCGUAGGAAAAGGGUGUCUGCGUUGCUUUGUCUGUGCGUCGUCGCAUGAGCCUAACUCGGCCUGCGUGUGUGUGUGUGUGUGUGUGUGUAUUCUUGGGGGGCGUGGAAGUGCCGCCGACGGCGGGUGUAACGUCGUACGAACAGAAGUCGAGGGCGCCAGUCGUCAGUUGCGUCUGGGCUGGAGCGCGUCAGGCGCAAAGAAGCAGCCCAGCAGCGGGCGACACAAAAAGUGCCUCGUUGUGCCACUGGCAGUAGAUCCAUGAACGAUCUAUUAUAACAUUAACUACAAUUUCUACUAUUAACUAAUAAGUUGUUUGCCCCAUAUCUCGCAUUGUCUUUCUGCGCAAGUUUGCAGUUGAGCUGCUUGACUCGGCUAGUUGGGACACAGAACACGCUUAACUUCCGAAACACAGAUGACUUAUGUGUAAGGAUAGUUUACAACAAUACGGAGAGCACCUGCUGGUAAAAGUAAAUCGACAGCUCUUAAUAAGUGUUUCAGUUAGUACCGUAUACUGCAUUAACAACUCGAAAACUUCCCCAGGGCAUGUAUAGGUCGUGGGGUUCCAUAUUAAGCAGCUGCAAAGGUGAAGAGCUGCCCCACGCACCUAAGUGGCGUUGUUUUUGUCGUUGUACAGGAAGUUCAAAGCAAUAGAAGUCUAAAGUGGCUGACGGCUAACGUCACGAGAAGAUCGUUCUUCUCGACGCCUCAUAUUAAAUACGUUCAGGUGCGAGUUGUCGACGGAUGCUUUCGCCCGUUGUCGAACGAAAAGAAGAAACGCUGCUUCAUCUGCUACUGUUCGAAUAGUGCUAUUUUUUUCGACGGGUUGCAAGAAUAAAAGGUACUGCGCAGCCUCUUGCGCCCACUUGGUGUAGACUGUAGGAUGUACAACGUUUCUGCGUGUGCCGGUCAACAACGCCGCACUCCGAGUGAUCUUCGUUGUCAAUUUCUACCUGUUGUCGUCGUCGUCGUGCAUCGAUCCAAAGAAGUGUUCCAUUGACAUUCCGCUGAGACUUUCGUUCAUUUGUGUUGCAGCUGUGGUCGCUAGUGAUGCGCCGCGAUGCUGUGAUGGGCCAGCGCGUCAGCACCAGCGUUCCUACUAGUAGUGAUCAGUUUUUACAACGAUUGUCAUCAUGAGUUAGUGAACGUUAGCCAAAACCCCCUUAUCAUUUCUCUUAACGAUAUUGUAUCAAUUGAAACCGCUGUCUGGCCGUUUAUCGAAUUGAAGACAUUUAUUUGCAGCGAAAAGCAGUGUCUCGAAGGCGAGCCGGUGCCUCAACAGAACAGGGGGUCGAUCGUAUCGUACCAUAUGAUCGUGUGAUUUGUGCGUGAACUCGAGCGGGUGUUUUUUUACAUGGCUGGGUACGCUGGGCCAGUUAGCCAAAUGUUGUAACGACGCGGUCUGAAGGACAGAACGAACAGAAAGAAAAAGUACAGGAGCGACAGCGCCGACGAGUUUCGACUUCUAUAGGGACUUCAUCGGGAGAAAAGUAAAUGAGGGCCGGAUACAUCCUAGUAGCCAUUAGCAAUUAUUGGUCAGCACGUGUUCGACGAUGAUACACAGAUCCGAGAAUGCCAUGGUGUUUAGAGAAUCCGUGUGUUAUUCCUACAAUUUGUUGCUCUAGAGUUAGUUUUCUAGAAGAGUGGAAUGUUAAUUUAAACAAAGAGUCAGCUACGAUACAAAAAAUCACAUAGACGUCGUCAUAGAUUGCGGCGGGAGUCAAUUCAGCACUAACAGGUUUGAUGAUCGGCAACGCCGAGUUGAAUCGGAACCAAACAGCGGACUCCAUUACGCCAAUCUGCCGCGGUACCUUUCCUGGCGUCCUAUUUCAUCCCGUCGUUGCAGCUCUUUCCCGCUUCUCUCAGGGUUGAUGUCACCGUUCCGCCGCUUUUGCAGCAACCACUGGUAGUAUGAUUUGCGACUGUCUAAUGCGCUGAGCCGUUCAGGCACGGGGAGCUUGGCGCCCCUUUGCGCCCUCAGAGGAGCCCCAAUAAAAGAUUGACGACAACGGCUGUUGGCCACUAUUCCUAGUUGUAAAGCUCAUUACUAACCUGCGACAAAAGCCUCGGUAAUCACUACUUCGCCUUUUAUUUGAGUGUACCAACAAUCGGGUGACUUGAGCCCUUAAGUUAUGAUUUGCCCCACCUAAUCUCCUAGUACACGAUCGCUCUUUUUCCCUUCCGUCCCUUCGCUCAAUCUCCAGAUUCAUGCCAGUCGUGCUGUAGCCGACGGAAUCUACUUUACACGAUAUAUAUGUUCUCUGCUAGAAACAAAGCUUGGCUAGUACAGGUAAAAGUUUUAAAAUUAGGAGGAAGAAAUUCAGGUUAAAGAAGAAGUGAAGUAUACGGGUACAACAUUUCGUACUCUUCUCUACACCCUGUGUAGGCAUUACCUGGCUAGGUUUUUUCGAAGUGGCACCUGAUUGAUAAAGAGACCAUUAGAUUAUCCGCGUCGUCUUCAGUUAUUGGUGCGCUUGUCUGAUUGCUUGUCAAAUAAACACCGAUUAGUAGAACAGCCGGGCUGAUAACGAGAAAAAAGAACGCAAGAAAGAAGGACAGUUUUGGACCUACUGGUCACAAGUAAAGUGGAAAGGCAAGGAAACAGGGAGCCUAAUACAAGACUGGAACAGCAUGUCUUCUACGGGAGGCGGACUGCCUGGCGGUGGCGGAGGCAGUGGGGGUUCAGCUGUUAUAGGGGUAACUUGUCAGGAACUAGCGCACAAAUACGGUAUCGACCCGCUAACGUUGAAUGAACGUGGGGAACUGCAACUCACUCUCGAGCAAAUGAAGACACAGGUCAAAGAGGAAAUCAGGAAGGAGCUGAAGAUAAAGGAAGGAGCCGAGAAUCUCCGCAAAGCGACAACAGACCGAAAGUCCUUGGCACACGUUAAUUCCCUAGUAAAGCUCAGCAAUUCCAAGUUGAGCCGCCUUCUGGAUCAUCUGAACCAACUGGACGCCGACAUUCUCGUAUCGGCGGGAAGUCAGAUCAGUAGUAACCUGCCACACUCGCAAAUGCAGCAUAGGGACGACAGUCCGCCCGCCCGGGUUGGCGGAAGCGCCGCCGAGGGCGGAGGCAUGGGCGGCCCCAGUGCUAGCAACGAAUGUUGUGGUACCACAUUGGAAAAGCAGCUGGGCAUCGAAAUGAAGGUGAAAGAGGGAGCAGAAAAUAUGAUUCGAAUGUACUCGGCCAUCAAGGACAAGAAGAUGCUAGGCGAGGCCGAACAAUUGUUACAGGAUUCAAAAGCAAAAAUCGAUUACAUCAAAAUGAUGAUUGCGAAGCUAGUUCAAACGGGUCAGCGGAGCGAAACUACGUCUCAGGCCGAGCUCCGUUACCAUGAACUCCGACAUCGCUACAAGGUGGAACGCGCCGUCAUGGAGGGGGCCAAAAAUGUCAUUCGAUCCUGUCUUGAUAAGAAGGUUAUGAAUGAGGCCCAGGCUAGUCUGGUCGAAUCGAGUCAGAAGAUUGACUUAAUCCGUGCGGCUCUCGAUCGCCUUGAAGCUACCGCUGAAAGAGCGUCGCUAGCCAGUACCGCACCAAACACAGGCAGCGGCGGUAUAGAGGGUAGCAGUGAACCCCAAUCGCCGACCUCAGCGGCUUCAGUAGCAUCUGGCAGCUCUUUUUCGCUUGCGGGAAGUGCCGGACUAGCACUACCUAAGGCAGCCGCUGUGACGGGUCAGCUACAAGUGCGACUAAUGGGCUGCCAAAAUCUUCUCGUUGAUGUUCCUGGACGGUUACCACCGGUUCAGCCGCAUCCAUCCUCGCGACUGCCCCGUUCAUCGCGAUCAUACGAAAUCAAGGGUGACCUCUCCAAUGAGAUUUACGCAAUACUCAAACUCGACAAUAUCGUUGUUGGUCAAACCGCCGCCAAACCUUGUUCUCAGCAGGCGUGGGAUCAGCGCUUCCAAAUUGAGCUCGAGAAAUCACGAGAGCUCGAGCUACAAGUUCUAUGGAAAGACUGGCGAGGAAUGUGUGGUCUAAAAUUCGUUCGUUUGGAAGAAUUCGUCGGCGAGGACCGACACGGAAUGGCGAUUGAGCUGGAACCUCAGGGCGUUAUCUUUGCCGAGAUCCGCUUCAUUAAUCCUAUGAUCUCGCGACAAGCCAAGCUUAAAAGGCAGAAACAUUUAUUCCGCGACAAAGCAACACCGCGUCCAAAUCAAUUGAAUAUCGAUAUCGUUACCUGGAUUCGCUGGCGCAAAAAGUCACAGCAAAACAAUCAGUCGAUGAAUGGCGCCUCGCUAGGACCAACCCGAGGGCGCGGAGCUGCCGGAAUCCUCGGCGCUGUACAGUCCGCCCUUCCCAACUCAGCGUCACAGGAGAGCGUUUCGACACCUUCGUCGAGCGGGGGAUCGUCACACGAGCCAUCACCCCAGCCCAUCAUUGAUCUGGCCGGUUCCGUGGAGUCACUUUGUACUGAUGACAAUAUCCAUCAUAAUAACAACAACAUCCAUGUGGGGCCAAGAGAAAAGAGUGGAAGCACCGACAGCGGGGAAAAGCUUUCUAUUCGCUCACUAAGCAACACAUCGCUAGAACCCGGACAACCGGUAAUUGGCAUUGUCUCAAGUGGCUCGGCUCCCGUCACUCCACCUGUGCUUCCAACGGCAGCUCCACCUCCGGUCCCUACCUCCGCUGUUCAACUCUUACAGCUUAAAGAUUUCCAAAUGCUCAAAGUGUUAGGACGUGGACACUUUGGCAAGGUUAUUCUAUCGAGGCAUCAAUCAUCGAGCGAAUACUUCGCAAUCAAGGCCCUUAAGAAGGCCGAUAUCCUCGCCAGGGACGAACUCGAAUCGCUUUUAGCCGAGAAAAGGAUAUUUCAGGUGGCUAAUGCAACAAAACAUCCGUUUUUGAUCAAUUUACACGCGUGUUUCCAAACACCUGAGCACGUUUGUUUUGUGAUGGAAUACGCUUGUGGAGGCGACCUGAUGAUGCAUAUCCACACGGAUAUAUUCAAUGAGCCGCGUGCAGUCUUCUACGCGGCGUGCGUCGUACUCGGCCUCGAAUAUCUGCACGACAACAAAAUAAUCUAUCGGGACCUCAAGCUGGACAAUCUCCUGCUGGAUAAGGAUGGCUAUGUAAAGAUAGCCGAUUUUGGUCUCUGCAAAGAGGGCAUGGGUUUCGGCGACAAGACCGGCACAUUCUGUGGGACUCCGGAAUUUCUCGCUCCGGAAGUGCUUACCGAGUCGGCAUACACACGAGCGGUCGAUUGGUGGGGUUUAGGUGUGCUUAUUUUCGAGAUGUUAGUCGGUGAAUCACCGUUUCCAGGUGAUGACGAAGAGGAGGUGUUCGACUCCAUCGUCCAUGAUGAGGUCAGAUACCCGCGCUUCCUUUCAAUCGAAGCCAUCGCCAUUAUGCGGCGCCUAUUACGCAAGAACCCUGAACGCCGGUUGGGCGCAACGGAAAAGGACGCAUCAGACGUUAAAAAGCAGGCGUUCUUUAGAAAUAUAAAUUGGGAAGACUUGCUGGCCAAACGCACGAAGCCGCCUUUUGUGCCAACGGUACGCAACAUGGAAGAUGUGUCCAACUUUGAUACGGAAUUCACAUCAGAGAAACCAAUUCUUACCCCGCCCAAGGAAAAUCGUAAUGCGCUUACUCAAAAAGAUCAGCGACAGUUCGACAAUUUCACGUUCAUGGGCGAUUGGUGCUAACCAAUCUGCAGUAUGAUAAAUCAUAAUUAAUGUUUUGAUCCUCUACUGUAUGCACUAUGUGUUUUAUCGAGGGAGUGUGGUAGACCACACUCAGCAGAAUUUGUUGGGUCGCAUCCCAUUUUUUUUCUAAUCAGUUAACUGCAUUAAACUAACCGCAAAUCGAACUCUAAAUCUCUAAAGGCCUCACUCCAAGAGAGCACUACGGUAGGGAAGAAACACGCCUGCCAUUACCGCAUCUUGAAUGACUGUAUACAUGAAUUCACCAGCUGUGGCACAUCGUUGUUGUCAGCAAGAUAAAUAAGCCUAAAUAAGGCCACUACUAUCGACCAGUUACCGUACUAGUUUUUAUUGUUGCGACGUUUUACUAUUAUUAUAUCACCACGAUAAUAACUAAUAGCAAUUAAAAUAAUACUGUUGGACAAAUGAUAACUUCACGACUGUAGUGAUGGCCGUUCACAAAAACAACGACAGGGAGGCACAAACACGAACGACUAAGGCGAGAGCGGCAUCAGUACGAACAAGCUAGAUUUCUCGAUUUGAUCAAAAUAUGCUGUAAUUUAUUACUGCAUUAAAAGAAGUCGAUACACACGGCGGUAGGGUAAAUGACAAAAGAAUCACACUAAUUCUCACACGGCUCGUUUUGUACUAAUGGCUUCGUCCGCAUUUCUGCUGCGACUGACUGACUGACUGACUGACUGACUGAUCUGCACGACGAAGAACUCACCAUUGUAUGCGGAUCGUCCUAACUAUCUGUCAACUGGUUGUCAAAAGAAACAGCCAUGUACAGUGCUAUGUGGUUCGCCUAUAUACCUUAUCUACCUUAUAUACCUGCUACAGUGAUAACCAGAGCAGGUUAUACAAACACGAGUAGCUACUUCGCUGCUAAAUGGUAGGAUAUAAAGAUGUCUAUUCAAGCCUCUCUAUCAUCUUUUCUAGGGAUGGCAGCAAAGAGGUCAACAAGCUCUUUUUCUUGCCCAUUUUAUAUAUAUACAUAUAUAUAAAUUUGCUAGUAGCUCCGCCGCCGUGUGUGUAUGCGUGUUUUAUAUAUAAUUUAGACAAUUAAUGACCGUAGAUUUGCUUCAUGGCGAAGCGGCAAACAAGUGACGACAGUCGUGAGAUUAGGGAGCUAGAAAUAGCACCCUUUAAUGAUGCCUGGACUAUACCCGGGCCCAGAUUAAAUAUUUGAACAUAGGGAAUGGGGGUUUAACCGACUAGCAAAAGCUGUCCAAAAAAACAUGUACGAUGCAUUGUUAAAAAUGGUACAGAGUAGAGAGACGACAAACUGAGGGGUACGCAGACGUUUGUAUUUUGGAUGGCAGUAACAACAGCACACGCAAUAUUCUGAAGGAGAUUAUCGCUAGAAAAUUAGCAGUUGGUCUGUAUGUGUUUUCGCCUGGCUACCUUUGCUACUAUUUUUAACAACAAACACGAUCAGCAUGAUAGGCGUUUAUGCAUAAAUAUAUUACCAGGUACCCACCAUACUGAAAGUUGCAAACAACACAGUGACAUCACUAUCCGAUCUGACGUUGGAAGCAUUAUGAUUAGUAUUAAUCUCUAUGUGAUUCGUGUAUUACUGUGGCCCAUUUAACAGCCGAUGUGGUUAGGAUAUAAAAGAAGGAAGUCGUAUGUACGCGGGCAAAUGUAAGGAAAUGGAGAUAUGUGAACUUCGGAGGGAGAAAAAACUUCCUUUUAACAAGCUCCCUGCGCGGAAGGGAUAAAUAUCUGCUUAUUUAUAAGUGGUGUUGGUUCUUGAGCCCCGUUAUCCUUGUUGAAUCUAUUUAACGGUGAGUUAGUGUAGGAUUAGAUAUUAAGACUAUUAGGAUAGGUGAAAGAAGUUCAUAGAGAUAAUCGUCGAUCCCGCGGUCGUCUAACAGAGGCGUUCCGUAUGGCACGGUUCUUCGGUGCCAAUAAACAUUAAGCCUGUUCUUAACCUUCGGCUUGAAAAGGCGAGUUUUUGAACUGCGCGCAUUCGGUGCGAGCGCCCAUCUGGUUUACAUAUGGGCCUCAGCAGAGUAUGUACUUGUUUGAAGCAGGCGAUAUGCGAGCGGACGUUCGGUAGCUGACAGAAUUGAUUUUGACUUGAAACUGAAUGCUUACAGUCCCGUCAUAAUAUCGCCAAAUAUCCAACUUAAAUUACAAAUGAAGACAAGUUCAUUAUUUAAGUAAGAGGAUCGUUUAGCUUUUCUUACCUGAGGUGUUCUUGUUGAUGUCAGGCGUCAGCCGGUUCUGGAUCUAAUUAAUUGCUCUGUUUUUCGUUGCUAGAUCACUCUUGUAAUCUGCGCAUGGCUAUUUUACGAACUCAUCAAUACGUAGUGUCGAUCUUGGGAAACGGAGAGGUUUUGGGAAUUGUUUAUAUAAAUAUGCUAAGUUUAUGUUAAUUCCCUGAGCACAUUAUUUUGGUUCGAGAAAAAGCUAAGAAGACGAUUUAAACAUAGUCACAGUAUGGUGUACCCCGAAUGUAAUUGUUUGAUACGGAUAAUUAUAUGUAAUAAUGCCCCUAAUUUGUACUACAAUGAUAUAAUAAUAAUAAUAAUAGUAAUCUCACAAUAUGGGGGUAACACCGAAAAAAAACGGCCGACCGGCACUAUAGUUAUGGAUGAAAGGUUGUUUGCCGCGCGAAUCAUUGGGUAGCUGCUUCUAUAGUUGUCACAUAGACGAAGCCAAUUAUCUGUUCUAUUUGCUAUCAUAAUUGGUGAUAUUUGAAUACAACGACUGACCUUAAGCAAAGGACAGUUGGGCUUAAGCACUAGAUGAAAUAACGAACCAUCACGGUAGGCAAAAAAUCAACUUCAGUUUUUUUGUCAGCGACUUGUGCUCUAUCGCCGUUGUUAGUUUUCGAUUGAAUUGACUGAAAUAGAUUGCAGAUUCGUCAAAACGGAAGCGCGGAACGAGAUGUGGCAGAGAAAACUGACGAUAAUGAAAUGGGAACUACACGAACUUAAGACACAAACUAAUGGCCAUACACUGUUAUACUACGUUGCGUUUAUACGCUGAGAAGGCUAACUUCGAAAAACGCCACACAAAUAGUUAUGGCGAUAACAUCAUCCUUAUACAAUUAAACUUGACAAAUGUAGAUCUUGACAAAUGCCUUUGUAGUAUCGACGAGUUAGGCUUUGGUCUAUCGAUUCGUGUGCUUAAUUAUUCAUAUUAAAGCCGAACUCGCAUCUAAGAGUUCUACAUUUGCCCCGCCGUUUACCCCCUGCAGAAAUUGUGAAGAGUGAAUCGAUGUUAUUACAGUGAAGACGAUUAGGAAACCGCAGGAGAACGUAACUGAAGCACCCGCAAAAGUUUUCAAAAUUGCGCAUCCUCUUACGACCUGGAAAUCCUUCUAAUAUUAAUAACAAUCGAACAUUGUCAAAAGCAGAUAGUUGCAAAAAAAUAGGUUAUCGAAAAAAAAUGUAUACACAAAUAUUGAUACGUUAGUUUAUAUCUACAUGAAUUAUCCAUGUAUUGGAUACCACGAUAAACUGCAAAAGGCUGUGUUUGGCGAGUUCCUCAUCCGCUGGAUAUCGAAACGGCACUAGUCGCUACCGCAACUUUACCUUUAACCUUUCUAAUAACAAUAAAAUAAAGAUAAAAUAAAAUAAAGAGGCUUAUUUAAGCGUCUCUAUAAAAAUGCGGCGGCACUUGCAGAAUCGAUUAUCACGUACUGUAAUUACUAUUUUCGCUGGAAAACGUUUUACCCCGACCAACGUAUUGACGUUGACACAACUAUUACAGUUUUAUGUAGAUAAAACCUUCUUCAUUCACACACACACACACACACACACACACACACACACAUAUAUAUACAAUGAGAUGGAUUCACUAAAUUCAUUCAAAAACAUUUUAUGUAGAUAUAUACAUACACAUGAUAGAUAACCGUAAAUAAUGGGAACAUGAUAUCAUACCACUAGCGGCGUAUAACAGAGGAAAACUGUUGUUCGUUAAGAAUACUGUGUGUCUCCUCUUAAAAGAUGUGAGUCAGGGGUCUCGUAAGAUGUCAGAAAUUAGGGACUCGGCUGGACAAACGUUUUGAAGUAAACACCUCGUCUUUUUUUUUAUUGAUGCGUUAAAAUGCGACACUAGGACUAGGGCAUGCAAGAUCAGCUGGAUGCGUCCCCCGCUUGAAAGAAAGUAGGAAAACUGCAACGGCGGGGCGAUAUUAACAAACUCAAUCAAGUGCGGUAGUAACCCAUCAACAUCAAAAGAUAUCGAACUUGAAGGAGGCUACAUAUAGAGGACUCGAUACUCGAGUAAAUACUAGUAUAUAUAUAUAUAUAUAUAUAAUAUUAGUACAAUACAUGUGUUAAGGCAGGUUAAAUAUAUCAUAAUGGAAAAAAAUUAAGAAAAACAAGGCAUGACAUAGCGCAGAAUCAAUCUGGCCGGACGUAACUCACUAGAUUUUUGUCAUGACCGAAUUAUCCAAGGUUCAGAACGAACGAAUAUCAAAGGACGGUGUAGUUGUGGGAUAGCGGAUGGCUGAUUCGCUGGAUAAGGAUUUUUGCGGUUUUCUCUGGGUGAAAGGAUAUUGAUAAGCAAGACUAAAUAGCGAUGUGAAUGAGACGAGAACGAGACUUUUGUUGAGUGGAAAAAAUGGUUUCAAUUAUCUGCUUCCGGCGCGCAGCCACCAUAAAUAAAAAUUGAUAAAAAGACGGCAAUAUUGGUGACAACGACUGAUUGAGUUUUUUUUGACAAUGCGCCGAUAAGUAGAUAAACAUUACCUUUACUCAGCUGCAAAAAUUAAAUGACGGCGGUUGCUGAUAAACUAUUCGCUCUAAAAUUCAACCGACAAGGUUUUGUGGCGGGCAAACACCUCUGGGCUAUAUUUUAAUAAAUUGAUAAAAAUAUUUCAUGUCUUUUUAUUUUCGAUAAGAUGUAAUUUUGCUCGUUAUGACUACCAACAGUUGACAUAACGGAUAUUUUUCUAUUAAUUUUCUAAAAAUUUUAAAAAGUAUAAACUUAAGGAUGUAUUUUCUUACAUUAAUACAGUGUUACCAGAGUGGCUUUUUAAAAAAAACAACGCAUUUUUGUCACUUUUUUGACUUACUUUUUACUAAUGUUAUACGAUAUGAAAUUUUCCAAAUAGUUAUUAUAUAUUUAAUAAUACAUAUAAAUGUGUAAUGGCAACUGCCGGUAGCGAUUUCAUAAGUAUCUAGCAGCAUUAUACGGUCACAUGCCCCGAAACAAACAACAACACAGAUAGUCGUAUAGUAGUAGCACACGUCUUUUGGUGUAGCUCGUUCUAAUCAGCUCAAAGAUCCGAGUUUAUCCGAGCGGGAGGUCAUGUCUUGUGCAAUGCUGUACCGCCAGCCUAGGCGCUACGCCAUGCACGACCCUAAAUGUUAACCAUUAUUACUACUACUGUUAUAACUUUGCCGACGUAUAGAAUCUUAACUGUGACAUGUAGAGGCCGAUGAUGCCUGACGAUGUGGUCUGAUAAAAGUAAACCGUUAAAUAAACUGUAAAAAACAGGCUCUCAUCCUUCAUCAACCUGUGCCUCUUUUUACUUAAUGGUUUACUGAUUUUAUAUCAACCUAUAAAUUAUCUCAUCUAAUUAGUGGUAGAUACUGAUUUGCUUACUUAUAGGCCGUAUUCACAAGUGUCAUAUGGCAAUGCACUGAAAAAUUACUGGGGUUCAGUUCAGACCUUUGGUUAUGACAGUGUUAUAGCGUAUGCUGAGACUGGGAAGAAGCCGUUCGCAGGCGAAUACAGUGCAGAAACAUUUUUGAUGGUCGUUCAGUUAAAGAGCGGCAUCACUUGCGAUAAUUAGAAAAGUUUUAAAAAAAUGCUGCAUAAACUUUACAGCUAUGUGAAACUAAUUCAUAAUGACGGCCAACGUUGGGCCGGUGUCAAAAGCAGUUUUUUUCUUCGCAUAAGAAUCGUGCAGUAAGGUACAGCAUAAGGCAGACAUCGUGUCUUUGAGCGUGCAGCGAUGGUUUCAUUUCAAGCUUCAUCUCAAAAACUUCGGUACAGCUCACCGUUUUACGCGACACACGAUAGGCGCGUCAAUGUAACAGAGCUGACCACAUGUAACUCGAAAGAGCGCUCAGGCGAAUAACCACACACGAAAGUGACCGGGCUCAGUUGUUAUGCAAUCAAAAUUUAAAUCGAACUUUUUUCAAACAUCGAAGCCCGCAUUAGUUUGCAAAAUGGAAGAAUCAGAAGAACUGUGAUGCUGAUAGUUCAAAAACAAAAGUUAUUCUUCAUUUCGGAGGCAUUUAGCGCGUCCUUUAUAUGGGUUUGAGGUUUCAACCCACCCUAAUAGAAAACACGCAAACAAUAAUUUUACAAGAUCAAACAAUAAAUAAAUACCGUACAAAUCGGCAGCUUCAGAGUUGCCCUGUCAUGGCAAACUUCUGGUAAAUUUUGUAACAUGCUCAGAUAGAAUGCGAUCCUUAUCGACCAUCUCACGCCACUCUCUAAUUCCUGAGAUUAGCAAUUACGUAAUCACAGUUCAGACCAGAUCAGGGCGCACUAGGGCGUAAUCCGCCGGUAUAACCUGCUGAUCGUCUACUUCGAUCUUCCAAUAUCAAACAGGCAAAUAACUGUACUAAUGAUACAUAAUGAUAUCAUAUAAUCAGACUAUAAUAUUGUUUGUGACAGCUUCAAAUUCGUGAUACUUUAUUUGGCAAAUUUUCUGAAACUUUUAGCUCAAACUCUGCUGAGCUGUUGUUUUGAACAUUUGCAUGCAUAUUACAAGAUAGACAUGCCUUUCAUACUAAUCAGAUAUAUAACGUUUUUUGGAACUCUUUGUUAUUACCAGAUUAAAACAACACAGCGAUCUUGAUAACAUUUUAUUAUCGAAAUAAACAAGUAGAUAUCUUCUUGAGCCACAUGCUGUUGUGUUUAUCGCUCGACAUUCUGCUAGCCCUCGCCUGUUUACCACCACUGAGGAGAGGACCAAAGCUUUGUGCACGCUUUUAGGUCACUUUUUUUUUUAUUAAUCCGUUUGCAGCGCAACAGUGACAAUGCUGAAGUUAAGCAAUACAUGAAAGCAGUACGCGGAAUUUGAUAGGAACUGAUGUACAGCACAAUUCUUUAUUGUUAUUAUAUGAAGAGAUGGAUAUACAAUAUAGAUGACGAGCGUGGCGCUUGUUUUGUGGGACCUGUUAAAGUUUUCAUUACUCUCUUUCCUAUUCUUUGCUUGUGUGUAAAUGUUACUGUCGCAGCUGCACCUUUCUACUUUUGUUCUGUGAGUGAAGUAAGUGAAUGAAUGCCAUAAUGGCUCGUGACGUUUUUGUCGUUGUUAUUGUUGUUAUUAUCGCGUCAAAGAGUAUGAUACUCUUUAUCGUGAUCGUCUUAUUUUUUUCUGCUUUUACUAUAUUUGUUUAGUUGUUGCGUUUGCGCCUGCCUAAGCGCGCGAUAUGACCCGUGGAGGACACUUAUACUAUGGUCUUGUAUGCUUGCGUUUACAAUAACUGCAUGCUUGAUUUACCCCAUUCCUUCCUCCAAAACAUGGCUUAUUUUCCCAUGUGUGUUCGUAUAGGAAUAUACGCAUAUUAUAUAUAUAUAUAUAUAUACGUUACUUUUUGUAUUCAUUAUAUAAUAGUAAUUAAUUCAUAGCAAUAUUAAUAGUAAUAAUAUGUUCUGGUUGUUAAUGGUAUUGUUUAUCUUCAUAUUAAUCUGUAUAUGAUGAGUGGCUUGCUUGCCCAUCUUAGGACGCGUUUCAAAAUUGAUCUUUUUU